AUGAGCUCCGUUCACAUGGACGCUCAGCAGCGGCCCCAGUAUCCGGUCGAAUCCUUUGCGCCGAUCCGCAUCGUUCUCGUUCAGGAGUGUCGUUGCGGCAAUUGCUGGAUGAGAUUGCUUUACUUCAGACCAAGUUGGCCACGUAUCGUCCAGAUCUCGCUCGUCGGCUAUGUGAACCGCUCGCAGACGAUGACUAUCACGACCAGAUCAAAGCGUCUGUCAGCAUUUGGUACCGAUGGCUCAACACCAACCACAGUCGCACCAGGGUCAUACGCCCCCGAGCAAGUUAUCACGAGUUUUGGCGUCCAAGCACAGCGCCCACUCUUCUCCAGCUUUGCUACAUCCGAGAAACGCAAUCUCAACGAGAACAAGACGACAUCGGCCAUCACCCCAGGUCUCGCACUAACUUGGAUUAGUUCAAUUCGGUCUCUAUUAUUCUCCUACUAA